AUGCGUAUUGACGAAAACAAACCAAAAGAAGAAACGCAUAUGGAUACUCGAGAUCUUACAUGUCCAAUUUGCAUGUGUAUCGCUGAAGAUCCACAAAUAUCAUCAUGUUGUAAUAGAAUAUUUUGUUCGAAAGAUGCUGAUCUAAAUCAAUAUACUAAUGGUUGUCCAUUAUGUCGUAAAAAACAUUUUUCAUUCAAAUCAUCUCCGACACAUAAAGAAAUGCUUGACCAAUUAACUAUCAAAUGUGUUUGCUCAGAACAUAUAGCACCUGAUGAAUAUGAAACUCAUUUAGAACGAUGUACACAGACAUCAUUUAUUUGUCCACAUAAAACUUGUCGAGAAAAAAACGAUUUAAAACAAUACAAUUCUCAAGAACUUAUCAAUCAUCUUGCCCGAUAUCAUUGUAAUGAAGUUUCUCUAAAUGGUUCAACAUUCAUAAAUAAAAAAUCUAUUGAAUCAUAUAAAAAUGCAUCGAUUAAAUAUAGUAGUCUAGUUUCAACACUUCACUCUGUACUUUAUCCCAAAAUGAUUGAUACCCAAUUAAAACAUCUUUCGUCGAAUGAACGAAAUUCAUCAAUAUUUAAAUGCCCUCAAGGACAUAAACUAAUUGAAGCUGAUCAUACGAAACGGAAACGUAAAAAUGGUUCGGCUUAUUCAUCACCUAGUUAUAACUGCGAUCUAUGUCAUCAUUCAUUUCCAAAUGGUCAAUCGUGGCAUUGUUCAUGUACGGAUUCUGGUUUUGAUAAAUGUGUUGCUUGCCUUGCUUUUCAAUUAUAUAAUAUUGAUAAUAAAAUAUUGAAAUUAGCCAGUCAAGACAGAGAAAAACAAGAAGAACAUUAUGGAGGAGAUGCUAUUCGUAAUAUCGUACAUUUACCACGUGGUUUAUUUCGUUUAUUAACUGGAAAUAUGGAUGAUGAAGAAGAGGAUGAAGAUCCUGACAUUAUAGCAUUAAGACGUCGAUCUUCACUUUAUAGUGGACCAAAUACAUUUCAAGGAACGGAUAAUAAUGAAAAUGAAGUUAACCAUCCGGAAGAUUAA